AUACCUUAUAGGCCUCUGAAGCUUCCGUUUGGGCGUUACACACAUUAGGGAAACAAACAAAAUGAGUACACCCCUCACUUUUCGGUGAUAGGUAUAAAAAUAACUUGCAUAGUAUUCUUAAAGUCAAGGGAAAGUUGCCAUGACGACUACCUACUUAGUUGAAUUUUUUCGACAAACUUUAUAUAAAACGAAUCCUAGAAGGCGAUGACUAGAAAUUAUUAUUAUUCGCUUUCUUGUCAAAAUUUUUCGUUCUUUCUCUUCAAAAGAAAAAAAAUUCAGUAUAAUUUGGUGCUUUUGUUCAGCGGAAAAAGUAAAUCGUGAAAAGCAAUUGUUCAAAAGACUUUUAAAAUCAUUUUUCAAACUCGCUUACAAUUCUAACUUUUGGAAAUAUGGAUCUCUUUGACAUACAGGAAAUAGAAUCAAAGCUAACCGACGUCACUGUGACCCCCGUACCGCGGUCUCAAAUUCAGAAUUCCCGCAAUUAUGAACGCGAACAGCAUGAACAGCGUGAGCAAUAUGAUGAGCAACGCAAGCAGUAUAAACAACGCGAGCAAAAUAAGCAACGCGAGCAACAUAAGCAACGUGACCUGCUACAUGGGCAAUAUGAACAAUACAUGCAAUAUAAACAACGUGAGCAAUACAAGCAACGCAAGCAAAAUGAGCAACUUGAGCACACUGGAAUACAAAAUACAUCAACUCUACAACAACGUCCGAUGCAUCACUAUAACAAUGCAACUGUACGUGCUGCGGGUGGACAAAACUACGAUCUUGUGGCUAAAGCAAAAAAUUAUUAUCAAAACCAACUUAAUAAUGCUGUUGCAGCAACAGCUCUCCAAUAUAAUCAACAAUUGCAAGCUCAACUAGCUUUGCUGCAACGACAAGCUAAUAACAAUCUUACCAUAACCCCAACUAUGGGACAUAAUAAUAAUAUGGGUGGCGGUUUUAACAAUGCUAAUAAUCACACUGGGGUUAAAUAUGAAUAUCAGACUGAGUAUCCCCAGUGUUCACAAGGACUUGCGACUAUACCAAAAUCGCCAAAUAUAACUACACCGAUGACCGCAGCGGCUAAUUUAUCUACUGUGGCCGCUACCGGCGAUAAUCACGGUCUUGCUGGGAAAUACUCUACUCUUUUGGCUCUUAUCGAAGAAAUGCGACGUGAUAUACGUCCUACUUAUACGGGUUCACGAAACACAGCGGAACGUUUGAAGCGCAGUAUUGUGCACGCUCGUAUGUUAAUAAACGAAUGCCUUGAUGAAACCGAAGGAAAGCCACGCCAAUAAUUGCCAUCUUGCACGUAACCUUUACUUUUUUCUUCUUACCUUACGAUUCUACAAUUAACUAAUUGCCAUAGUUCAGCGACCUGAUUUAACAGUGCUUGUGCUAAUUAUUAUUCUUUUUCCUUUUCCUCCUCAAACAAAUAUUAUUAAAAUUAUUUAUUCUUCUUCACUUCUUGAAUAUAAUUUGCGUGAUUACUUAAUAAAAUGAAAGAAAUUGUUUUAAUUUCUUUAACAAAUUGAUUCUGGCUGUCUGUGUUAUCAAAAAUAUAGAAUACAUCAACACAGAUCGAGGAUGAUAUACGGCGACGUUAACAACAACUCUCAUAACAAGGCACUUAAA